AGUUACUAUAAUUAUAAAUAACAAAACAAAUAUAUCAAAAUGGCGAUGGAAUGGAUAACAGCUAUGGACAAACGUCCUUGUGAUCGUAACUUACGUGAUGUGGAACUAAUUUCCUGUCGCUUGCGUCGCGUGGAGCCGCUGUGUCGCCUGCCAGGGUCAGCCUUGCAGCAGUUGGCAAUGUGUGGUUUCUACGAGGACUUGGAGAAGGGCGUCACACUUUUUCGUGCUGGGGAGCAAGGACGAUUCUGGUAUGCGGUUCUCGGCGGUUCACUGGAGGUGCGUUACCAUGCCCAUGCCGAUGCCGACGGAAAGAGCUCCGUCACUUUGUGUAAUCUUGGCGUGGGCGCCACAUUUGGUGAAUCAAUACUACACGACCUGCCGCGGGACAGCACCGUCGUGACGAAGACAACCUGCGAGCUGUUGCGCGUCGAACAGCAAGAUUUUCGACUCAUCUGGGAGAAAAACAAGGAGUUGAUGAAUGACAUUAUUACAAACUGCAAAUUAAAGAAUGGAUUUGGUCCCGGCGUACAGCCUGCAGCUGCCACAUCGCCCACAAAACGCCCACUGAGUCCGGAUCACCCGAAUCCAGCUCUGCCCAUUACAGAGACGCCGAGUCCUGCUAUGAACCGCAUGGGCUGGGCGCUGCGAACAUUAUUGGUGGUCGAUAACUCAAGCUGUUUGAAGGAUCGUAAGGUUUCGGGCAAGUUAAUACGCAAGUGUGCGCCCGGCACGGAACUGGUCGAUUGGCUGGUUAACUUAGCCCCCAUUGUGCACACUCGGGCCCAGGCGGCUGGCAUGUGGCAGGCGUUGCUCGAGGAAGGCGUUCUGACACAUGUUAACAAGGAGCAGCCGUUCAAGGAUAAAUGCUUUCUGUAUCGAUUUCGCUUGGACGAGGAGGGCGGAGCACCCGCCGCGGGCUUACCAGCUGCUGAGGAUCUUAGUGCAGCUAAUGAGCAUAUACGUGAGGCAUUAAGUGCACUCUUUCAACGUGGUCCAGAUGCCACAUUGCGCAUGAUAUUGCGCAAGCCUUCACAUGAGCGCACACCCGAGGAAUUGGAGCUGGUAUUCGAGGAACUUGUGCACAUAGCAGCCCUCUCCCAUCUAUCGACGAGCAUCAAACGUGAGCUAUCCUCGAUAAUUGUAUUCGAGGCCCAUGCCCAGGCAGGCACUAUAUUAUUCAAUCAAGGCGACGAGGGCCGCUCCUGGUACAUUUUACUCAAAGGGUCUGUCGAUGUUGUGAUACAUGGCAAAGGCACCGUUGCCACACUGAAGACUGGCGAUGAUUUUGGCAAAUUGGCUUUGAUUAACGACGCACCCAGAGCUGCUACAAUCGUUUUGAAGGAGAACAAUUGCCAUCUGCUGCGAGUGGACAAGGAGCACUUCAAUCGCAUCCUGCGUGAUGUCGAGGCCAAUACACUGAGAUUGCAGGAGCACGGCAAAGAUGUUUUAGUGCUCGAGCGUGUUGCAAAACAACGAGGACAGCAUUCAGCAUUCAAAUAUACCGUGAUGUCGGGCACACCGAACAAAAUGCUCGAACAUUUGCUUGAGACGCGCCUGGGACAGACGGUCAGCGGCAUGGAUCCAUUCCUCGAUGAUUUUCUGCUCACGCAUAUCGUAUUUAUGCCCGUGGUGCAGCUCGUCGAUGAAUUGGCCAACUACUUCCAUUGUGAUGCGCAUGAUGAGGCCCAAACGCCCGAGGAUCGGGAGUACAUCAUCAACUUUAAGAAGCGUGUCAUCCAAUUCAUGCAAAAAUGGGUUAUGGCCGUGCGACACGCCGCCUUCGAGGAGCCAAGCGUAUGCGAUUUUAUCGAAGAUCUAGCGGCCGAGGUGGAAGCCGAUCCCGAUCUAAAUGAGGAGACGAGCAUCAUACACAAUGUGCUAACGCAGAUGGCCAGAUAUCAGGAGGAUCGCAAUCAGAAUGCCGGCCAAAAGUGGAAGCUGCCCACAAAUGGCCAACCAAUUUGCCUAUUUAGCGGCAAUGCGACGCCAUCAAAAACAGUCAUCCGGCCGGACGAUGACAUCAUUUUCCGUGUAUACUGUGCGGACCACACCUAUUGCACCCUGCGCUUUCCCAUGCACACCACAGCGGAACUAAUCAAGGCGUGUGCCGCCGACAAGCUCCAAUUGAACCGUGGACCCGAUGACCUUUGCCUCGUCGAAGUUAAGUCCAAUGGUGAACGGUCCGUAUUCAAAGAUAAUGAUGUUAGCAUACCGACGGGUCUAACGCUCAAUGGCCGCUUGUUUGUCUCCGUCAAGGAUCAUCUAGAUGCUUUGACACAGUUGCCGGAGCAGGAGUGCGCCAUAGAUGGAGUUGACAUCGAUUUGGAACUCUUGAGCACCAAAGAGCUGGCCUAUCACAUCACAAUAUUUGAAUGGGAUUUGUUCUGGGCGGUGCAUGAGUACGAGCUGCUCUAUCACACCUUUGGCAGGCAUCAUUUUGGCAAGAUUACGGCCAAUUUGGAUGUGUUUCUGCGGCGCUUCAACGAGGUGCAAUACUGGAUUGUUGCCGAGCUCGUCUCCACGCCGAGCCUCAGCAAACGAGUGGGUUUAGUGCGUAAAUUCAUCAAGCUGGCCGCUUACUGCAAAGAGUAUCAGAACCUGAAUGCGUUUUUUGCAAUUGUGAUGGGCCUGUCGAAUAUGGCCGUAUCGCGGAUGCAUCAGACCUGGGAGAAGAUACCAUCGAAAUUUCGGAAAAUCUUUCAAGAGUUCGAGGCACUCAUCGAUCCCAGUCGCAAUCAUCGCGCUUAUCGUGUUUUCGUGGGCAAGCUGCAGCCGCCGCUGAUUCCCUUCAUGCCGCUCCUGCUCAAGGACAUGACCUUUGCCCAUGAGGGCAACAAGACGAGCCUCGACGGACUGGUCAACUUUGAGAAAAUGCACAUGAUGGCCCAAACAAUGCGCACCAUUCGCUUCUGUCGCUCGCGAAACUUGGGUCUGGAGCCACCGUCACCAAAGAGCGAGGGGGAAGUUCGCUCGUACAUCAGCUGUUUUCGUGUGAUUGACAAUCAGCGGGUUUUGACCGCCAUGUCACAGAAGGUGGAACCGACCCGGAAGCUAAAUUAAAUUAAACUAAAUGAAACAACCAACAAGUCGUCGUAUAGUCCCUUAUAAUUAGCUCGUAUUUAGUGUCUAUAACGCGUAUUUAAUGGGCUUAAAAAAAGAAGACCCAUAAAAACCGUAAUCAACUGCAGAGUUAUGAGCUUAGCUGAGUUGUUUUUAGCUGCCCCUUUAGCGACCAACCAGUGCAUUCUGAACUAAGCGCCGAAACCACAAAAACUAAUCAGCUAACUUUAUUCAUAUUAGCCAGAAUCAAAGUAAAGUUUAUGUAAGCUUGGCAAAGAUACAUAAAUAUGUUACAACAUCAAAAACAACUAUCUCAAUUUUCCAAAAUGAACUGAAACAAAAAACAAAAAAAAAAAAAACAGAAAACUUUUUGCUUUAAAUAACAUUUGGCUUUGGGUAGGACAUGGGAGUAACGAAAUUCCCAAGCCCAACGAGCGUUACAAAUAAAACAAACAAACAAACAAAUGGGCGUGUGUGAUACUAAACAUUUAGAGAAAGCAACAACAACAACAACAACCAAAACAAAAACAAUGUUCUAAACCUAUUUCCUACAACUUUACUAAACAAUAACGAACAAUAACAAAACAAAAAAAAAAAAAAAACGAAAGAAUAAAAAUGUUAUACGAAUAUCCAUUUAAAAUUCAUGGCUAUGCACAUUGUCCAAUCGAGAGGGAUAAUAUAAAAGUGGAGUCUAUUUUUUUAAUCAAAAAUACAAAUCAUACGAAUAUUUGGCAUGUCAUAAGAGUAAGCGACUUACCUGUAUAAUCAAAUCUAGUUGAAGCUAGUUAA